AUGUCGUCUUCUUCUACCACCAGCUCCGCCGCUGGUCAGGGCGGAGGCACCACCACCAUCAUCACCGCCAUCCAUCCUGACAUUAUUCAAUCCCAUAUCCUCAACAGGCUCGACGGCCCCACUCUCGCCUCCACCACCUGCGCUUCCCCUCAAUUACUCUCUUUAUGCAACGACGAUUGCCUCUGGAAGGACAUUUGCAACUCCACCUGGCCCUCCACCACCGACCCCCGUGUCCGCGACGCCAUCUCCGCCUUCCCCUCCGCCCACCGCUCUUUCUACUCCGACGCCUUUCCCGCCCUCCGCCACCACCAGUUCCGUCGGGAAACUCAUCAGCGUCGUCUGCCAGAUACGGUUAAAUUAAUCUCGGCGGUGGAUAUUUACUACGAAGACAAGCUAAUAUACUCCAAAGUCCUGGUAACAGAGACGCUCUCGGCCUGGUUUCUGAAUACGCCGUUCAGGCUGGAGCUUUUAGACCCGAAAGAAACGGUGCCGACGCCGUUGAAACCCGACGACCGCACGCUCAUGGCACGCGCCGAGGAACGCCUGAGAGUUAGCUGGAUUCUGAUCGACCCCGACAAGAGACGGGCGGUUAAUCUGGCGAGCCGGAAGGCGGUGGAGGUUCGUCGGCACUGGCUGACAGAUGACAUACAGGUGCGGUACGCCACAGUGAUGGGGGACGGCGGCGGGGGACUGGUCCAGUGCGCGGUGGUGGUAACCUGCGGGGGGAAGGAAGACGGCGGGGAAGUGCGGGUGAGAGAGGUAAGCAUGUAUGUAGAGGAGAUGGAAGGGAAGAUUGUGGGUGGAAAGGAGAGUGUGGAAAUUUUGGGGGCGGCGAUGGAGGGGCAGCGGCGGCGAAGUGACGGCGAAAAGGAGACAGAGAUAUACGAGAUGUUCUUGAGGGUGAAGGCAGGGUGUAGAGAGAGAAAGCAGAGGAGAGAGAAGGGUUUGGACAUGGUGUGUAUAUCCGCCGGAAUAUUGAUUUUCUUUGCAAUUUGGAUAUUUUUCAUGUGGAGAUGA